AUGAGCUUCGCCGCGCCCUCCUUCAGCACCAUGACGAGGCCAGAGCUGGUUGCGGAAAGUAUGUUGUCAGCCAUCUGCGUCACCAUCGCAAUUACUCGACGUGAUGUCGAGCAGUAUUUGCAGGUGGUGAGCAGAAUUCUGCAGGCAGUGCGAAAGGAUUUUCAUGGAGGUAAAGCAGAUGAUGCCGCAGAUGGGUUCAUAGCCAUCGACAAGGCAGACUUGCAGGUCCGUCAGCACCUGGAGGACCUGCUGCAGAUGCAUGAGGCAGUAGCCAAGACCCAGCGUGCGGAGGCCUUGGCGCAGCAGCAAGCAGACAUGCAGCAAUCCAUCCGCUACUGGCAGCGUCGCUUACAAGUGCAGGCAGCGCAGAAGCAGGAGGAACACGACGGCGAGCUAAAGGCCCUCGAGGCUCGACUGAGUGCCGAGGGACAGUUGGCCGCGAACCGUGUCAAGGAGAUGGAGGAUCUGCAGCGAGACCUGGAGCUUCAACAGUCCAGGCUUGGUGGUUGGGAGAAGGAGCUUCGUGCGAAGGCCGAGCAGCUUUCCGAGCAGGAAGAGCGCUUCGCCGCAACUGCAAGUGCCAUUGCUGAAGAAAAGGAGGUUGCUCGGAAGCGCCAAGAGGCGGCUGGGGUGCGCGAACGCUGCGCUGCCACGGCUGAGAGCCGCAUGCUAGAGCAGCGAAAGGCGCUUUCAGCUUCGGAAGAGGAGCUUCUCCACGCAAGGAAGGACCUCGAGCAGCAGCGGGGAGCGCUAGCUGCACAGGAGGCAGCCUUGCAACAUCGUUCUGACGAGUUGGCGGAGCAAGCGAGAAGCCUCGGGGAGCAGUGCGCCACGGCACAGCGGCUGGCGCAGCGGGACGAGGCUUUGGCCGAGCGAUUGCAGCUGGCUGGCGCACGCGAGCAAGGUCUCUUAGAGCGCGAGACGGCUGUGGCAGCCCGCGAGGAAGAAGUGACUGUCCGAGAGAGAGCACUGCGCGAGGGCCUUCGAAGGUCGAGGCAUGCUGAUCUGGAGGAGGAGCGCAAAAGAGAAUUAGAUGAGCGAGAGGCAUCCCUGCACGAGAGGGCCCAGAGACAGGCGGAGGAAGCGCAGCGCCUGGCGCAGCGCGAGCGCUCGCUGCUGCAGGGCGCCGAGGCGCUGCGCCGCCGCGAGGCAGACUGCGACAGACAGCUCACCGAGCGUGAGGAGCAGCUGUGUGCCCGUGAGAGGACUGUCGUCAUGGCCGAGGAGAAUGCUCGCCAAGCGGCUGAGGUCGGAGCCCCGCGCAAGCGACUGACGGCGCGGAAGCAGAUUGGCGAUGGCGACGUUUCCAUGCGGCUGAGCUGA